GGCGGUGGCACCGGCGGCUCGGGCUCGGCGCGCCGAGGAAGUCCCGCUCCGAGAGCUGCGAGCGUCUGGAGGAGGCGCGCUCGGCGCAGUCGGGGAGUGAAGUCCGGAGAAAGGGACCCCCGUGCUGCCGCCGCCCCCUCCUGCCACCGUCCAGCUAGGGAGCCCGCGGCGGCCGCCGAUGGAGUUCACUUGAGCUGUGAUCCGGCGGGAGAGGCAGGCGCCCGCGAGCCGAGCGCGGGCCGGAGCCCAGCCAGCCCUGGGCGCUCACCCGCCAGCCCGCAAGCUCCGGCCAGAGGCGCCGCCGCCCCGCGCUCCGCCGUUGUUGCGCCUCCCGGGCCGCGCGCCGGCGAGAUCCGCACAAAAUCGACUCCUGGAGCGGCUCCCUCCAGCACCGCGGCGGGCCCAGGACCAGGCAGCCCGCGGCGCGGCUGGAGAGGCGGGACCGGCUGUCGGGGAGCCCCGGGCGGCCGCCGGGGAGAAGCCGCCGCGCGCCCUCCUCCUCCCUCUCCCUCCUCCCUCCCUCCGCACAUGGUCUCCUUUGUCCUGUCGCCGCCGCCGCCGCCUCGCUCUUAGCUCCGCGCGCCGCGGCGGCGGCUCGGGCCGCUCCUGUCUGCCUCACCCACCCGCCGGCCGGCCCGGGACGCGCCUCGCUAGCCCCCGCCGCGCCAGCCCGGCCCCGCGCGCCGCAGGAGCGGCCGCGAGACAGUGGCGAGCGCGGGCCGGGAGAUCUCGGCGGGCGCGCUCCUCCAGCCGCCCGGGGCCUCGGCCGCGCUGGAUGUGUGCGCGCGGCGCCGGCUCUCCGCCGCGCCGAAGCUGUUGCCCGGUUCGGAUCUGGUUCGGCGCCUCCGCUCUCGGACUUUGGCGAAGAAGGAGCCCAGAGACUUGUGGACGGAGCCCGGUCGGGAGUUGGGCGUUUUCUCUUCGUGUGUUUUGGUGGUUUCCCCCCUGGUCCUUGACGAUCGCCCUUCGGGAGCCCUGCUAAGGAACCAAACCAUGAACUUGGGGCUGACUGGACCGCUUAACCCUUUGCGACCAGGCAUCGGAUGCCAGCUCUGAAAAACUCUUCAACACUGUUAUUGUAAACAAAGAUCCGGAGUUAGGUGUUGGCACGCUACCAGAACAUGACAGCCAGGAUGCAGGACCGAUUGUCCCCAAGAUAUCGGGUCUAGAGAGAAGCCAGGAGAAGAGCCAGGACUGUUGCAAAGAGCCCAUCUUUGAGCCUGUGGUGCUUAAAGACCCCUGCCCUCAGGUCGCACAGCCAAUACCCCAGCCCCAGACGGAGCCCCAACUCCGAGCUCCUUCUCCAGACCCUGACUUGGUGCAGCGCACAGAGGCCCCACCUCAGCCCCCACCUCCGAUUACACAGCCACCGCAGGGCCCUCCUGAGGCCCAGCUCCAGCCCGCCCCGCAGCCUCAGGUGCAGAGGCCACCCAGGCCACAGUCCCCCACCCAGCUGCUCCAUCAGAACCUCCCACCUGUGCAGGCCCACCCCUCCGCUCAGAGCCUCUCCCAGCCAUUGUCAGCCUACAACAGCAGUAGCUUAAGCCUCAACAGUUUAAGCAGUAGCAGAAGCAGCACUCCAGCAAAGACUCAGCCCGCCCCUCCUCACAUCUCCCACCACCCCUCUGCCUCCCCAUUCCCCCUCUCCCUGCCCAACCACAGCCCCCUGCACAGCUUCACACCCACCCUCCAGCCCCCUGCACACUCACAUCACCCCAAUAUGUUUGCCCCUCCCACUGCUCUGCCUCCUCCACCACCACUGACAUCAGGAAGUCUGCAGGUGGCCGGACAUCCGGCCGGGAGCACUUACUCAGAGCAAGACAUCUUGCGACAGGAACUGAACACUCGUUUUUUGGCCUCUCAGAGUGCUGACCGUGGGGCUUCGCUGGGCCCUCCGCCCUACCUGCGGACCGAGUUCCAUCAGCACCAGCACCAGCACCAGCACACCCACCAGCACACACACCAGCACACCUUCACGCCAUUCCCCCACGCCAUCCCGCCCACCGCCAUCAUGCCGACGCCAGCACCUCCCAUGGUGCGUACCCCAGGCAGAAAUUUUGACAAAUACCCUACAAAAGUUGACCCAUUCUACCGGCACAGUCUCUUCCAUUCCUAUCCUCCUGCAGUGUCGGGCAUCCCCCCUAUGAUCCCACCCACUGGCCCUUUUGGUUCACUACAAGGAGCAUUUCAGCCGAAGACAUCCAACCCUAUCGAUGUCGCUGCUCGGCCUGGGACAGUCCCACACACUUUACUACAAAAGGACCCGAGGUUGACAGAUCCUUUCAGACCUAUGUUAAGGAAACCAGGGAAAUGGUGUGCUAUGCAUGUUCACAUCGCCUGGCAGAUUUACCACCACCAACAGAAAGUCAAGAAACAGAUGCAGUCAGACCCACAUAAGCUGGACUUCGGACUGAAACCUGAGUUCCUGAGCCGCCCUCCAGGCCCCAGUCUCUUUGGAGCCAUCCACCACCCCCAUGACCUGGCACGGCCUUCAACUUUGUUCUCUGCCGCUGGUGCUGCACACCCAACUGGGACCCCUUUUGGGCCACCUCCUCAUCACAGCAACUUCCUCAACCCUGCUGCCCACCUAGAACCUGCAGAGCGCACUCCUGGCAGAGGCGAGACUGGGCAGGAAGAGCCUUUUAAUCGGCCGUCUACAUUCACAGGCCUAGCAGCCGUUGGUGGCAAUGCCUUCGGGGGACUUGGAAAUCCUUCCGUUACACCCAACUCAAUGUUCGGCCACAAGGAUGGCCCCAGUGUGCAGAACUUUAGCAACCCUCACGAACCCUGGAACCGGCUGCACCGAACGCCUCCGUCGUUCCCGACCCCUCCGCCCUGGCUGAAGCCAGGGGAGCUGGAGCGCAGCGCGUCCGCUGCAGCUCAUGACAGAGAUAGAGAUGUAGAUAAACGAGACUCAUCUGUUAGUAAAGAUGACAAAGAAAGGGAAAGCGUCGAGAAGAGACACUCCAGCCACCCUUCACCAGCACCUAUCCUCCCGGUGAAUGCCCUGGGACAUACCCGCAGCUCCACUGACCAGAUCCGGGCUCAUCUGAACACUGAGGCUCGGGAGAAGGACAAACCCAAAGAGAGGGAGAGAGACCACUCGGAAUCCCGCAAGGACCUGGCCGCCGACGAGCACAAGGCGAAAGAGGGCCACCUGCCCGAGAAGGACGGGCACGGCCACGAGGGGCGCGCCGCGGGCGAAGAGGCCAAGCAGCUGGCCCGGGUGCCGUCUCCCUACGUGCGGACCCCGGUGGUGGAGAGUGCCAGGCCCAACAGCACCUCGAGCCGGGAGGCCGAGCCGCGCAAGGGUGAGCCGGCCUACGAGAACCCCAAGAAGAGCUCCGAGGUCAAGGUGAAGGAGGAGCGGAAGGAAGACCACGACCUGCCUCCAGAGGCCCCGCAGACCCACCGGGCCUCGGAGCCGCCGCCUCCCAACUCCUCGUCCAGCGUGCACCCGGGGCCCCUGGCCUCGAUGCCCAUGACGGUGGGGGUGACGGGCAUUCACCCCAUGAACAGCAUCAGCAGCCUGGACAGGACUCGCAUGAUGACCCCCUUCAUGGGCAUCAGCCCCCUCCCGGGCGGAGAGCGCUUUCCGUACCCUUCUUUCCACUGGGACCCCAUCCGGGACCCCUUGAGGGAUCCUUACCGAGAACUUGACAUUCACCGGAGAGACCCGCUGGGCAGGGACUUUCUGCUAAGGAACGACCCGCUCCACCGGCUCUCGACUCCCCGGCUGUACGAAGCCGACCGCUCCUUCAGGGACCGGGAGCCUCACGACUACAGCCACCACCACCACCACCACCACCACCCGCUGUCUGUGGACCCUCGGCGGGAGCACGAGCGGGGAGGUCACCUGGACGAGCGGGAGCGCUUGCACAUGCUCAGAGAAGACUACGAGCACACGCGGCUCCACUCCGUGCACCCCGCCUCCCUCGACGGACACCUCCCCCACCCCAGCCUCAUCACCCCGGGACUCCCCAGCAUGCACUAUCCCCGCAUCAGCCCCACCGCGGGCCACCAGAACGGACUCCUCAACAAGACCCCUCCGACAGCAGCGCUGAGCGCACCUCCCCCGCUCAUCUCCACGCUGGGGGGCCGCCCGGUCUCUCCCAGAAGGACGACUCCUCUGUCCGCAGAGAUAAGGGAGAGGCCCCCUUCCCACACGCUGAAGGAUAUCGAGGCCCGAUAAGCCGAGAACAGGAGCACGAAUGAGGAAGAAACCCUAGGCAGACACCAGGCCAGACUUGAGAGACAGAACUCCUGCAUGGCUCACAUAGACUGCGGGGGCGGGAAGCCCCACCUCUUCCCCUUGUAAAAAAUGUAUAGACUCUGCACAUUUUGAAAUGUUUUGUAUAUUGUAUGUUGAGAUUUUUCAGAUCUUUUAGCCCAGUCAUAUGUUCUCACGUCUCCUACUUUUUCUUUCUCGUAUAAAACUUUUUGAUUUGAACCAAAACAGUGAAGAUGACAACACACACCAAUUAGAUGAUAAUUUUGGGGGGGCGGGGGGAGAAGUCCACGCCAUCCAUCAUGCAAAAUUCUUUCAGAUGAGGUGGGAAGACAGACAGUGUACAUAGUUAUGUAAAAAGAGAUUGCUUCAUGAGCUAAUGGUUCAUAUAUGCAAAAGGGUAAGAUGAAAGCUUUACUUUGUACAAAUGUAAAUAGGUAAAGAUUAAGUAACAUAAUACAUUAAUACUUCUUAAAAUGUGCUACUUGCAAACUUACUUAAUAUCACUGAACACAGUCGGCUAAGGCUGUGUUCCCAUAUAUUGUUAUAGACAGCUAAACCCUUCAACUAUGCAAUGAAUGUUCGGGCUUUUCACAAAAGCCCGCCUAACUCAAAGGAGCCUUUUCAAAUCCAUUUACAACAUACUUAAGGUCAUAUUUUCCCUGAACAAGCGCUUACGUGAUAUGACUCUGUUUUCCUUGCUUGUUUUUUUUCAAACGGAGAAACAUCCUAUUUUGCAAAUUGGACCCCAGGCUGGAACUUAGCAUCUGAAGUUGCCGCUUGUGGGCUCUGGGGAAAAGUGCAGCCCCGGAGAGGUAACUGAGGACAUGAGCAACCGGUGCCAGGGAGGGUGGGAUUCGCCAGAUGCCAAAAUCAGGGGACGGGUGGUGGUGUCUGUCAGACACACACAGGUCGCCAGUGACUUCACACACACCUCAUGUGAGAACCAUGCCUUUUUUAGUGUGUCCUAUUUCAUACCUGUACACACUUCGUUUUGUAAUGAGAUUUACUUACACCCAAACAGAUCCUGAAAGAAAGCUUCAAGUUUUCUCAGAUGAUGGAUAUGUUUUCACUGUAUUCAAUAACUGACCGAUGUAAGGUGCACGUUUCCCGAUGUGACGCACUGUAUUCCAGCUGGUGAUCAAGUCUGGGAAUAGCCGUAACAGGUCAACCUUGUGGAGCCAUCGCGAGUUAGAGGGUGAAAGAUGGCAGAAAAAAAGUCUUGUGUGUGAGUGUGUUUUUUGAGUUUGCAUCAAUCUUAAUGUCUCUUCAUAAUACUUUUAUAAUACAUUAAGCCUCUUGUCUACAUAUUUGGAGAGAAUAUGACUUUACUAGCAGAGAAAUACAAUAUAUCUUGUCUACUGGACUGUAAAAUAUAUGUAUGAAAUAAAAUUAGUUCCAUUUGGUCUUCUAGUAUAUUAAAGUGCUAUCUGACGUUGUUAUCCUGUUUUUGCAAAAAAAAAAAAAAAAAAGUUAACUACAGACCAUUGUUUCUAAUAAGCAGAGAGAUCUAUUUUAGUAGUAAACUGAAGGUUUAGUUGUGAGCUUCAGAUUUUGUGAACUCCAGAUGUUGUGCGGUGUUUUUUUUUUUUUUUUUUUUGUUAUUUUGUUUUUUUUUGUUUUUGUUUUUUUUUUAAAGACAACAACUAAAAAAAAAAAAUCCAAGGAAUAUGUACACUGGAACUGUAGUGGUAGCUUUCAGUAUUGUAAAGAGAUUGUUCUAUACGGACCUUUUUGCUGUUUAUCCUGUAUGUAAUAAAGUCCUUUCUAGAUCCUAUGUGAAAAGAAAAGUGAAGCAACUGAAUCUUCAGCAUGUUCUCAUCGGCGGAGCCUUCUUGUGUAAUGUAAACUGUGCCAUGUUAUUAAAAAAUGUGAACUAAGCUUCC